GUUGCUUAAGCAGGAGGAGAAAGAGGAGGAGGCGUCCCGACUGCCGGCCGCUCUCCCGCCCGCCGCCGGCGCGGCGCCCGCCCCGCCCCGGUCGGCCCCUCGGCAGCCCGCCCGUUCCCCGGGCCCCGCCCCGGCCCUGCGCCGCUGCCGCCGCCGCCGCCGCCUCAGGCAGCCGCCGCCAUGAAGCUGACCGACAGCGUGCUGCGAAGCUUCCGCGUCGCCAAGGUGUUCCGCGAAAACUCUGACAAGAUCAACUGCUUCGACUUCAGCCCCAACGGCGAAACGGUCAUCUCGAGCAGCGACGACGACUCCAUCGUGCUCUAUGACUGCCAGGAGGGCAAACCAAAGAGAACCCUGUACAGUAAGAAAUAUGGCGUGGAUCUCAUCAGAUACACUCAUGCAGCAAAUACAGUCGUUUACAGCUCUAACAAAAUAGACGAUACUAUUCGUUACCUGUCAUUGCAUGACAACAAAUAUAUCAGGUACUUUCCUGGACAUAGCAAAAGGGUGGUGGCCUUGUCCAUGUCACCUGUGGAUGACACUUUCAUUUCUGGGUCUCUUGAUAAGACCAUUCGGCUCUGGGAUCUCCGCUCUCCUAACUGCCAGGGUCUCAUGCAUCUACAGGGCAAGCCAGUUUGUUCUUUUGAUCCAGAAGGAUUAAUUUUUGCCGCAGGUGUCAAUUCUGAAAUGGUCAAACUUUAUGAUCUUCGCUCUUUUGAUAAGGGGCCAUUUGCAACAUUUAAGAUGCAGUAUGAUCGGACUUGUGAGUGGACAGGACUUAAGUUCAGCAAUGAUGGCAAGCUCAUCCUCAUCUCCACCAAUGGCAGCUUCAUCCGUCUGAUCGAUGCAUUCAAGGGAGUGGUGAUGCAUACAUUUGGGGGUUAUGCUAAUAGCAAGGCUGUCACAUUGGAGGCCUCGUUUACUCCAGACUCCCAGUUUAUUAUGAUUGGUUCGGAGGAUGGCAAGAUCCAUGUGUGGAAUGGAGAGAGUGGUAUAAAAGUAGCUGUAUUGGAUGGCAAACACACAGGCCCCAUUACCUGUUUGCAGUUCAACCCCAAGUUCAUGACCUUUGCCAGCGCUUGUUCUAACAUGGCCUUCUGGUUGCCCACCAUUGAUGACUGACCUGCAUGGUGCUUGGCUGUUUUCUGUACAGCGAGGGUGGCAAGUAGGAAAAAACUCAGAGGGGACUAAGAUAAUAGUGGGAUUGGAUCAUUUGACUGGGCUGGAGAGCAUCCUUCCACAUGGCCUUCCCAAGAAUGUGCUGUACAUCUGCUCAAAAGAAAAAAGUUACUUUGCCGAACUUCUUCAAAAGGACUCUUGGUGUGGCCGACUCAAUCGGGACUCAGACUUUCCAGCUGUCACUGCACCGAGCUCCUCCAGAGGAGUGACCAGACUUGUGAUGAGGGUAUAGUGGGCCCUCGAGACGCCUUCAGUUUUGAAUGUAUUUGCUGCUGAGGAGUCAGUGAAGUUGUUCUUUCUGCACAUCCCUUCUCCCACCCCCAUAAAUGCAUGGGAAGCCACAGUUCUGAUUUUGAGAUGCUAGGGCAGUUUAGUGCCCCUUGCCCUCACCCUGCAUGUCUUGUUACUGGGUCUCCCUGUGUUAUUGUGGCAUUAUCCACAACCGUUGCAUUACUUAGGUGCCAAACAUUUACAGAAGUAAGUCUCCAUGUAUUUUAGGGUCAGAAAGGGACAGAUACAGAAGGACCUUGCUUUCCAGAAGUCUUGCCAGUUAGUCAUGUGAAGGUGGGUGACCUGACCAUGCCUCAGGCUCUGGGUAGGCGAAGGAUCAAACCUGAAAGGGAGGGAGGAGUGGGAGCAGGUGAAUUCCUGGGGCUGGGAGGUCUAGCAGCAGCUUGGUGUGGUCCCCUGUCAUCAACACAAAUCCGCGGUCCUUCUGGGUGCCUGCCAGGUUUGAUUGUGUAUGAAAGCAAGGUGGGCGUCUGUUUUUGUGCAUGAGCUCCAUCACGCGUUCCUGUGGGCCAGUAUUGUGGAGUGAGUCCGAGCUGUUUACAUUGAUGCCUUCCCUGCCCACCGCAAGUUGUGUACAUAGUCUCCAGAUGAUCCUGCCCCUUGCCCAGCUCCCAACAUGGGGCUGGCCUAGGCCUGUGUUAUAUUUAGCCUUUUUAUAUAUGGACUUGGGAUUCUGUUGUUUGUAUUUUAGCACAGUGUGUGUACACCUUCAUUUAAAUAUAUCGUGUGUGUGCAUACAUAUAUACAUAUAUAUAUGUAUGCACAUAUAUAUAUAUAUAUAUAUUUUAAAAGUAUCAAAGAGUUCAGCUGAAGGAGAUGAAGUCCCAUGCCCCCAGAGAAAGACUGCAUCCUUGCUAAAAGUGUUUGCCACAAGUGUUAGUGAGUCUUCCCUAUUAACCUUUUUCCCUUCAGGAGACUAAACAAAAGCAAAGCUUUUGAGUGUUUGCUGUCCCCAUGGCAGCUAAGUGAGGGUCUUGGAAUGACUGCUUUGUGUUCCUCAAGUCGCACUUUGGGGCCUUCUCUGCAGUAUUAGCCCCUUUUUUGCCCAGUGAUGCUCUGUCUGCGCCUGUAUGUGUGUGACAGUCACUUCUGCAUGCCUUUUGUGUCUGGCUUCUAGCAUUUGGGGACAGGAUGCUGGAACCAGAGCAUUUUCAGCUUGUCUGAGGCUUCUUUGCCAAUUACAGGUCACUCCUGUUUACCUGGUAUGUCUGCUUUCUUGCUGCUUUUCUUUGCCUUGUUUUGGGGAGGCUUCCUGAUCGGGGUUGAGAUGAGCUGCAGAUAGCUCAUUACCUUUUCCCCUGCCUGGCCUUCUUAGAGCAGGACAAGUGGCAUAUUAUUUCACCAAGUUCCCAAACAUAUAAGCGAGUAACACAUUCCCUGCAGACCCAGAAACAGGCCCAACAAGGUUAUGUUUGACUUGCCCAAGAGUACCUACCCACUGGUGGGGAAAGCAAGCCAUUACUCUCGCCAUUCAGCAGCAGGAAUAGGCUGUGAAUUGCUAGCAGUUACUGUUUUGUUUUCUUUUGCUUUUUUAGCAGUUACUUUUUGGUUUGUUCCUCAAAUUUAAGGGCAAGGGGCAUACAUCUUUGCCAGACAUAGACUGGAAUCUACAGUUUCUGCAGUGCCACACUAUAAAGCUCUGCAUUCUCAGAGUGGAGAGACUUUUAGAAACCAAGUGAUCUGAACUAUUAACUGCCCACCCCUGGCUUUCCAGGGUAGAAAAUUCAUGGUAGGAAUAACUGUUCAGAGAGAGUACUUGGAACUGUAGGUUAACAAGAAGGCCUGCGUAAGUGACGUAUCUGUACCCAGAGCAGCCACCAUACAUGACUUGUCUGUCCGAAGGAAAAUGAUUUGUAUUGAGAUCCUGUGUGUCUGAAGCAGAGGCAGCAGGUCCUUUGAAAAUAUGCACUGCACUGCUUCUGUUUAUGGGGACCUGUGGCUGCAGAGCCAGCUCCUGAGUUGGGAAGGAAAGGGAAAGAUGCAGCUGGAAGUAACCGAAGAUGAUGCAGUGGUGGAAAUAAGGCAGAAUUAAGGGAGGAGUGUCUGUGAGUCAGAGACCCUGAGGAACACCAGGGCUGCUAAGACACCUUCAGUGGGAGCCGAGGUGCAUAAGUUCUCCCGGGGAAGGGGGGCGCACCAGGCUCUCCAGAGUCAGGGCCAAAGCCACUGAUUUAUAUGUGACAGUGACACUGCACUGCUCAACCACCAGCCAGUGGGGUAUUUGUUUUUUUAGAAAAAAAUGUAACUUGCAGUCAUAAUUAAUGCUUAUUAAGAAAAAUCUGGGAAUUUUAAAAAGAAUCAGUUUACCACCCAAAUGUUACCACUGCUAAUCUUUUGGUGUUAAGUGUUCCUCUAGACAUUUCUGUGCAUAUAGAUUUUUGGUGUGUUUACAUAGUUGUUAUUCUACUGUAUAUACAAUUUUAUGUCCUUUUUGUACUUAACAUAUAAACAUUUUUUUCCAUGUUAUCUGUCUUAGACAGAA